AUGGACGAAAUCACACGCGCGAACUUCCCACCGGAGGAAACGGAAAAGGGGAUCGGAACGGCAGAUGGCACACAAUUGUCGACUCACAAUGAUGGCGCAGAUGUUCCACCCAUGGAUGGUGGAAUCAACGCAUGGCUGUUCCUCGCAGCAUGCUUCGCAAUGGAAGCACUGGUUUGGGGUUUUGCAUUCACAUGUGGUGUGUUCCAAGCGUACUACAGCGAUAUUCCCCAGUUCAAAGACUCCGGGAACAUCGCUGUAGUGGGAACCUGCGCUAUGGGUAUCAUGUAUCUUGAUAUCCCACUUGUCUUCACUGCCUACAGACAAUGGCCGAGAUUCCAACGUCUCGGUUGUGGUUUGGGUGUGCUCAUGAUGUGCGCGGCUCUUGGCCUCAGCUCCCUCGCCACGAAUACAAACCACCUCAUCAUUGCCCAGGGCAUAUUCUAUGCCCUCGGAGGUAGCAUCGCCUACGCCCCCUGUAUCCUCCUGAUGGAGCAAUGGUUCGACCGGCGCAAAGGCCUCGCAUUCGGUGUCAUGUGGGCCGGAACUGGACUCGGUGGUGCCGUGCUGCCCAUCGUCAUGGAGCAGUUGCUGGGGAAAUAUGGGUUCCGCAUUACUCUACGAGGGUUCGCGGUCGUAUUGUUUGUCCUGACUGGGCCGCUGGUAUACUUUGUGAAACCGCGUGUGCCGAUUCCAGCGAGCCGACCCAGUCCAUCCGCUCCGAACAUGAGGUUCCUAUUCACCUCUACAUUCGCUAUCUUCGAGUUGUGCAACAUGGUCGAGGCUCUUGGUUUCUUCUUGCCCUCAAUCUACCUUCCGACUUAUGCUGGUAUGCUUGGAGCCUCGACAUCCCUGCAGGCACUGACGGUCAUCCUGUUCAACUCGGCAUCCGUCAUCGGAUGCGUGCUCAUGGGAACUAUCAUCGACAAGCUCGACGUCACGCUUUGCAUCUUGGUGAACACUAUCGCAUCGAGUAUUGGUGUCUUCCUGAUCUGGGGUUUCUCGAUGUCUCUGGCUCCAUUAUUCAUUUUCUCGAUCUUGUACGGACUUUCUGCUGGUUCCUAUACCAGCACUUGGCCCGGUAUCAUGCGUGAUGUGGUUCGCAACACGCCAUCGGCAGAAUCAAGCAUGGUCUUUGCGUCUCUUUCGGCCGGGAGAGGUGUUGGAAACUUAGUCUCGGGUCCCUUGAGUGAGGCUCUCAUCAAGGGAAUGCCAUGGGAAGGAGAUGUUGAAUACGGAUAUGGAAGUGGAUAUGGGUCUUUGAUUGUUUUCACGGGCGUCACGGGUCUUGUGGGUGGUGGAAGCUACCUUGCCCGGCGCAUGAAAUGGCUUUGA